AUGGAUGCACGAAGCAAACACAGGUUUUUUCUAACGUGUUUCGUAUUUUGUACCAUUUUGACCAAAACGACACUGGCGGGAAAGUUUUCGCGGUUUCGACAGACCGACGUUUCACGCAAUUACCUAACCAGUGUACCGUGCACGUGUGCAAUAUUUCUCACCGGUCAAUUUAAUCGUUUCAAUCGCACGGAACAACCAAAGGGAAACCCCGGAAUCCAGCUUGAGUUGAUGCAACAUUUCCCAUGUACGACGUCCGGAAACAAACAGUGCUCAAACAAGUGUUUGGACUCGAUCGUGAAACAUCUGCCCAACUCACAAAAUGUGAUCUGUGCAACAAUUGAUCGCGAUUGCUUUCGAGAGCGAGCUUAUUUGUUCUAUCAAAACUGCACCCCUCGAUGGGUGAACAGUAAUAUUUCUGCCGGUAGAGAAUUUUGCUGCCAAAACGACGAACCGAUGCGAUGCAACUUGAUGGCGGAACUGAUACGACAAUCGUUACUACGCGAAGAAACUAGCAAUUCAACUGAGGCCAGUUCUGAGAAUAUAUCAGAAUAGUGAUAUGUGUUAGGAGGAGAUAGAUGAAUAAACAUGAU